CGGCUGCUGUGCGGACGACGCAACUCGGAAAACAAUAACAGAAAAAAAAGAAAAGAAAAGAAAGAAAGAAAGACGGGAUAAGAGGAAUAAGAGCGGAAAGUGUUCGCGCGCUUGUUCCCGGGGGCUCGAGACGCGGGCCGCGAUGGAGAGCCUGGUGCACUACAGCAGCCCCGCCCACGCCGUCUCGUUGCUCGGCGUGUUAAACGAGCAGCGUCUGAAGGGCCAGUUCUGCGACGUGGUGCUGAUGGCGGGCGAGCAUCGCUACCCGGCCCACAGGAGCGUCCUCGCCGCCAGCAGCGAGUAUUUCCACACCCUGUUCUCCAGGAGAGACUCGGAGAACCGAGACCUGAUCCAGCUGGACUUCUGCGAGCCCGAGGCGUUCGAGAUCGUGCUGAACUACAUCUACUCCUCGUCCCUGUUCGUGGACAGAGGGAGCCUGGCGGUGGUUCAGGAGCUGGGGUACAGUUUGGGCAUCCCGUUCCUGACUAACAUCAUGUCCACCAGGCCGCAGGUGUCGUACUGCGUGACCCGGAAGAGGCUGUGCUUUCCCGACGAGGACGACGGCUCGCUCACCAAGAGGAGCGUCAUCGUACACCAAGGUGGCUUGGGCGUCGCCCACAGAGAGAACGCGAUUCCCCACGGAAAAGCGUCCAGGCAUGCGCCAGAGGAGACUCAGCCCGGAUCGCGUCUGGAUUAUCGUCCGUCAGGAUACGUUAAACCGACGGAAAUGGGGAUGAAUCUUAGCAAAAACGCUCCCAAAGAGCUAGACGACGACUCGAAAACCGUCAUUCCGUCUUUGCCGUCCAUCCUCAAGGGCCGUGCGGAGUACAGAUCGCCCUCGGCGAGGCCGCAGCUGACCUCUUCGGUGUCUUUCAGCGAGACCAUACAGCACUUAAACUCCGAUCCUGCCGAAGACCCAGCGGAGGGGGUGAAAUCCGAACAGACGUACGAUCCGAAAUCAGUCUCUGGAACGCAGCAGGGGGCGCAUAACCAAACCGUAGACCGGAGCGGGCCGCUUAUUAAAAGCCUGCUUCGUAGAUCCUUAUCCAUGGACAGUCCGGUUCCUGUUUUCUCUCCAGUUUUGGAGCUGAAGGACUCGCAGAGCAGGGAGCCGUCUGUUGUAAAAUCGGAGAUGAACACGGUCGAGUCGCCGUCGUCCGGGAGCAAACAUCACUUGCCGCCGCUUGUUCUCAGGUCCAAACAGCAUAACGCGAUGGCCAGGGAAGACAAGGACGCUCAGGUAGAGGACAGAGUGACGGUCAAAACGGAAGCCAGCAGCCCAUUGGCCGAUCCUUCUGAAAUCAUACGGGUCACCGUAGAGGACAAUCUGCCCGUCAACUUUAGAGAUUUCCAGGCCAACUUUGACGAAAAUCCUAGAGGAUUCUUCAGUCCUUCUAUGAAAAGGAGGUUACAGUUGGAUGGCAAUUCGAACACGUUUAAGCGAUCCAAAGUUCUGAACGAACACCAGUUCACGGAUGAGGACGGCGUGGCCGAUGAGUCACCUCGCAACACGGACGAUCAGGAGCCCAGGGAACUGAGGCCGACGAAGAUGUUCAAAUGCUGGAGCUGCAUGAAGGUGUUCAGGUCAAACGCAGGGCUUUACCGUCACGUGAACAUGUACCAUAACCCGGAGAAGCCGUACGCGUGCGACAUCUGCCACAAGCGCUUUCAUACGAACUUCAAAGUGUGGACGCACUGCCAGACCCAACACGGCGUGGUCCAAAACCCGGCGGCUUCUUCCAGCUCCUACUCUGUGCUGGACGAGAAGUUCCAGAGGAAACUCAUAGACAUAGUGCGAGAGCGGGAGAUAAAGAAAGCCUUGAUCAUGAAGCUCAGGAGAAACAAGCAGAGCCAUCAAGCUCAGCCGUUUGCCAAGAAAAGCCGGAGAUCGAGGUCUUACGGAUGUCCCUACUGCGGGAAAAUGUUCUUCUUCCAGUCGCAUUUCAAACUGCACAUGAAAGGACACACUGCUGAGAGAGCUAGCAUGGACGCACAAGAUGAGGAAGGUCUACGUGAGCGGCAGGAGCAAACGGGACACGUCAAGGAGAACCAAGACAAAGAGGUUUUCCCCUGCAGGCUCUGCAACGUGAAACUGUUCUCUCUGAGCGAGCUGGAGGAUCACGAGAGAGCGUGUCGCUACGCAACCGUCUGUCCUUACUGUGGCCUCAGGUUCUCCAACACGCUGGUGAAAAAGGAUCACGAGGCUCACUGCAAGUACAAAAAGCUGACCUGCCUCGAGUGCAUGCGCACUUUUAAAUCCUCGUUCAGCAUUUGGCGCCAUCAGGUCGAAGUUCACAACCAGAACAUGAUGACCGUCAGGGAGCAGCUGACCUUCGGGUACCACGACGUUAACCAAGAGACGGCGGAACUUUCCGGAGCUCCGCUGCCUCCUAAAGAGGCGAUGAGAGACGACGCGACGUACGGCGACUCCGAGGAUUCGUCUUCUUACCUCCCGGAGGAUCUGAGCUCGACUCAUAAUCAGGGCAAGCUCGUCGUUAAAGAGGAGCCGCAGGAGGAACCGGUGACGGACAGAGAACCCUCAGCUCCCGAGGAACCAGGCGUGCGGCCUUGUGAGAAAUGCGGCAAACUCUUCGGCUCUCACAAAGCCCUCGAGCGCCACCAGGAGCUUCUCUGCCACAUCAAGCCCUUCAUCUGCCACAUCUGCCACAAAGCGUUCCGGACCAACUUCCGCCUCUGGAGCCACUAUCAGUCCCACAUGUCGUCGUCCGAAGAGCCCGUGAGCGGACAGACGGACAGACCGCCUCCGUGCUCUCCUCCUCCGUCUCCGACUCUCACCAUCUCCACCCAAGAGCCUCCAUCUUCACAAGCGUCUCCACCAAAAUCAGGUCAAACCGAAGGGAAGGUCUCGGAGGAGGAGCCUAGAACCCUCACGUCUUCUCUGUCCAAACCCGAAAGAGCGGAGCAGGAAAAGUCAGGCGGAGAUUUCUCUCGUUCCAGGUCGGACAGCGCUGAAAAUCCAGCAACCUCUCAGGAAUCGGACACGCUGUUUUAUCACGCGCCGACGCUGUCUGCUCUGACGUUUAAGAGGCAGUACAUGUGCAAGCUCUGCCACAGGACCUUCAAGACUGCCUUCAGUCUGUGGAGUCACGAGCAGAGCCACAGUCACGUCUAAACACGCCAUUCAUUCACGCUAAAGGAGUCUCCUUCAACCCAAACGUAGCCGAGCAGCCGUGACGAGUGUGUGUGUGUGUGUGUGUGUGUGAGAGUGAUUAAGUAAAAUAGCACUUAUAAGUGAAAAAUACAUUGGAGUAUGACUGUGGCUUGGGAAAGGUAUCCAAGAUGGCGGCUCGGUUUAUAGAUCAGAAACAACGGCACGGUUUAUGGAUCAGGGUCUAAACAAGCGAACGUCACGCACUCAUCACGUCUCGACUGCGUUUGGGUUAACACACACACACACACACACACACACACACAGGAUGCUUAUCCAUACACAUACAUAUACUACACUUAUUUUUAUUUUGUGUUUUUUUUUGUUUUUUUUUUUUUACUUCCUGGUGCAUCAGUGAACAAUGUGGACACAUUCAGAUGUUUAUUUCUCAUUUCUGAUUGUAAUCUCCUCGUCCAAAAUGUUAAAAACCUGCUUCUAAAAACCUGCAAUAACUCUGUAAAAGUGCUUUGCGUAGGAGUUACGCUCGUUACUCGUCUCCGUGGCCUUUUUCCCUCCUUCGUGUUUGUGGAAGACGAUCCGAAAGCCAAGUCAAACCCAAACCCAAACCCAAACCCAAACCCAAGCGACUGUAGUGUUCAGGACGUGACGUCGUUUCUUUCCUCCCCAUUCUGCAAUUCCGUAUAAAUGUAUAUUUAUUAUUUUGUAUUACAUUUAUACGAUCUUUAACCCGCGACCCGUCUGAGUGAUGGAGCCGUGCGUUUGCUCGAAUGUCCAAAAACGAGAUGUUUUGUGUUGCCUUACUACAUACAGAAAAUAACAAAAGUCAUUUCACGCCGGUGUUUAAUUUCUAUUUGGUGAAUGAAUGUUUAUUAUUAUUAUUAUUAUUAUCAUCAUUAUUAUUAUUAUUAUUAUUAUUAUUCUAACAUCACAUUCUUCAUUCGGAUGAAAAACGGUGCAUGAGAUUUCGAGAAUUUGUUCCUUUAAUGGUGAAAGUGUUGAAAACUAAAACGUGUUAUUAUGAAAUUACUUAUGUUUUAUGUUUAUAUGUAAUUUAUGAAAUGACAGUAUGUUUGUUUUUGGGUGUGUGUGUGUGUGUGUGUGUGUGUGUGUGUGUGUGUGUGUGUGUGCGCGCGCGCAUUUACACCUGAAACCAAAACAUGCUCGUUCUUUUUCUUUUUACUUUAGAUUUUUUUUUUAUUAUUUGGAUUUUUUUUUUUAAAAAUUGAAGCAAACACAAGGACAUACCAUACACACACACACACACACACACACACACACACAAACACACACACACACAUACACACACACACACACACACACACACGAGCGUAUAACGAGCGUAGGCAUGCGCCGAUACUAAAUUUUCAUAUCACGAUAAAUAAUGAGGUAUCGUUUUACAAUAUUAUUCCAGAAUUGUGUUAAAAAUCCAGUACAUAUAUACAAGUGUUUUUCAGAUUCAGAAUUUUCUAUAUAUAUAUAAAUAUAAAUAUCUCGUGAUCAUGUUUUUAUUCUCGCAGAUAUACACUUUUUUUAAAUGGUGUAUGAUAUAUAGUUAUAAACAUAUAAAUAUAUAUAAACAUAAACAUAUAUAUACAUACGGUUUUGUGUUCUAUAUUGUGGACAUUUUUGUGCAGUGAGAUAAACUCUGUCGCAUUCGGAGAAAUAUUGUGACAUUAUUCUAAAUCUAAAUUUUUUUUUUUUUUUUUAACCCACGAUGCACUUACGGUGACGUGAAAAUAACAUCGGCACACGCCUAGUGAGCGGCGUAAAGUAAACGUUAGCUCGUUGUUUUUGGUUGUGCGUUUGUUUUUUGUUUUUUUCCCCACUAACGUUUAAAUACAGAGUGAGAAUUAUUAUAUUACGGUACUGUAUCAGUACUCCUUUACUAAAAUAACACGCUCGUUAAUCAGGUGAGUCAGGUGACGAUGCUCAGCUCAUCGUACGGGAUUUGUGGUGACAUCACAGAUAUUAAUCAAAGCACAAUUUCUAGAAUUAUGUAUUAUGAGAAAGUAUGAGAGAUUUCUGUUUUUGUUGAUUUUUUUUGAGCUAGAAAACUAUAUUUGUGCUGUUGGUUUGUGGAUGUUGGAGGAUAAACAGAAAUAUUAAUAGAUCAUUAAGAGUUUUGUCGGAUUGAUGAGUCUUACAUGCCUUUGCAUAUUUGUGGAAGCUUUAGGGCAGAAUUUAUUGAAUGUAAUGUGCUUUUUUUAAAUUGUAUAUUAUUUUAUUUUUAUUCCUCAGAUGCCUCAGUUUAAAUAGAACACGCUUCUUCAUUCUAACGAGCUUCAAGCUGAUGAUUUAAAGACUUCGUUAAAAUUCCUCCGUCGGCUGAUUUUGUAUUUUGUACGAAUAUUUUCUUUGUUUUAUGAAAACCGCUGUAACUUUUCGGGUAUUUCAGUGUUUUCUCUGCAAUAAUUCAUCUUUUAUAAUGAUAUAAUUCUAUAAAUUCUAUAAAUUUGUUCUGUGGCAGGUUUAUUUUGUGUUUAGUGAUUUUUUUUUCCUUUCUUUUCCUCUACUGUUUAACCGCUUGCUUUCUAAAAUAAAGUGACGCUGAUCAGCAGGUCUCACAGCGGAAUAAUUUAACCUUUACACAAACCUGUUUUCUGUCUAAUUAAAAUAAGAACAUUA